AUGAUCGCCCAGCUAUUUUUCGGCCGUACAUCAACACCCAGACUGCGCUUUGCACCCCCAGCAAUGGCUUCCAAACCCACGAUGAACGUUCAGAGCUUCCCACGGCCGCCGCGCCUGGAGAAAAUAUCUCGACAUCUGCUGGUAGUGUACAAGGGGCAAACGAUUGCUGAGACCAAAGAGGCGUUUUGGGCUUUGGAGACUCACCAUCCGCCAACCAUUGACAAACAUGGAACAGCCUACUAUCUCCCACCGUCAUCAGUCAGGAUUCCUCUGACCACGACCGCGAAAAAGACAUUUUGCGAAUGGAAAGGAUUUGCAACUUACUACAUGGCCCAACUCAGCGAUGGUAGAACCGUCUGUAACCGGAUAUGGUCGUAUGACCAGCCUGCGUCGCCAUUUGAACCCAUCCGGGGAUAUCUAUCCUUUUAUGCCGAGCCGUGGGAGUGUUUCGUCGAUGGCGAGAAAGUUGAGCCGCAACCUGGAGACUUUUACGGCGGGUGGGUGACUUCCGAAAUUGAAGGCAUCGUUAAGGGUCGGUCUGGUAAUCUGGACCCGAUAGUUUGA